CUCCUUCAGUAUGUGGCAUUCGGCUCGCUCUUCUUCAUCCUCAUCUCCAUCACCACCUUCUGCCUGGAGACGCACGAGGCCUUCAACACCAUCAUCAAGCGGACGGAGAACGUCACGGUGGGCAACGUGACCCGGGAGGAGGUGGUCUUCGAGGUCAUCACCGACUCCUGGCUGACCUACGUGGAGGGCAUGUGCGUGAUCUGGUUCACCAUCGAGUUCCUGCUGCGGAUCACCUUCUGCCCGGACAAGGUGGACUUCAUCAAGAGCUCGCUCAACAUCAUCGACUUCGUGGCCAUCCUGCCCUUCUACCUGGAGGUGGGCCUGAGCGGCCUGUCCUCCAAGGCGGCCAAGGACGUGCUGGGCUUCCUGCGCGUGGUGCGGUUCGUGCGCAUCCUGCGCAUCUUCAAGCUGACCCGGCACUUCGUGGGCCUGCGGGUGCUGGGCCACACCCUGCGGGCCAGCACCAACGAGUUCCUGCUGCUCAUCAUCUUCCUGGCGCUGGGCGUGCUCAUCUUCGCCACCAUGAUCUACUACGCCGAGCGCAUCGGCGCCGACCCCGGCGAUCCCACGGCCAGCAACCACACCAACUUCAAGAACAUCCCCAUCGGCUUCUGGUGGGCCGUGGUGACCAUGACCACGCUGGGCUACGGGGACAUGUACCCCGUCACCUGGUCCGGCAUGCUGGUGGGCGCCCUGUGCGCCCUGGCGGGCGUGCUGACCAUCGCCAUGCCCGUGCCCGUCAUCGUCAACAACUUCGGCAUGUACUACUCCCUGGCCAUGGCCAAGCAGAAGCUGCCCAAGAAGAAGAACAAGCACAUCCCCCGGGCGCCCCAGCCCGGCUCCCCCAACUACUGCAAGCCCGACGCCCUGGCCGCCGCCACCGCCUCUCCCCAGAGGAUCCUGGGAAACGUGCUGGCGAGCAGCGGGGGCGUGGGGGGCCUGGGAGGGGGCGGCGGGGACUGCCCGCUGGCCCAGGAGGAGAUCAUCGAGAUCAACAGGGCAGACUCCAAGCAGAACGGCGACGCCGCCAACGCUGCCCUGGCCAACGAGGACUGCCCCACCAUCGACCAGGCGCUGUCGCCCGAGGAGAAGUCGCCCGCCGGCGGUGGCGCCCGCGACCGCUACCAGCACGACCGCGCCUGCUUCCUGCUCAGCACGGGCGACUUCCGCGCCGCCGACGGCAACGUGCGGAAAGCCGGCAGCGGCUACGAGAAAUCGCGGAGCCUGAACAACAUCUCGGGAAUGAGCGGGAGCCGGAUGCGCCUCUCACCCGCCACCAACCCCCCGUACGAGCCCUACGAGCCCCCCGCCCCGCUGCGGCGCUGCCGGUCCCCCAUCCCGUCCAUCCUGUAGCCCGCGGGGCCCCCCGGGCCCCCCGGGGCCCCCCGGGGCCCCCAGGGAGCGGGACCGCCGCGGGGGUGAGAGUAAUCGGGAGGGAGGGGGGGGGCUCUCGGGGCUGCGGGGGGGCGCGGGGAUGUCGGCAUGUUUCCCUCCGCGCCCCCGCGCCCCUCUGCGCGCCGCUGAUGACCGGGAUGCGUCCCGGGGUCUGUGUUUCUGGCUCCGACUCGGGAAGGGGGUCCCUACGGAACGGGACUCUACAGCUCGUCCCCCCCCCGCCCUGCCCCGCUCCCUCGCUCCCUGCGGCCAGCGCGACGGACAUGUUGCCCCUCCUCCCCCCCAACACAUCCGCCACACGAUUGGUCAGAACCAUUGGCAGGUUUUCAGUGUGGUGUAGAGGUCCAUUACACUACUACAACACUGAGAGAGAGAGGGGUUAAUACAGACACACUGACUGGACACUCCA